AUGGGAAUACGAAAGAAAGUGAUGACGCGUACUAUUUUUUUCUUUUUGAUACGUAAUAAACGGUCUAAGUCCUUGGUCCAAGAGAGAGCUUCACGAGGCGAGAGAGUCUUGUCAGUCCUGGGCAGAGUCUCCGACGAGUCAGUCCUGGGCAGAGUCUCCGACGAGUCAGUCCUGGGCAGAGUCUCCGACGAGUCAGUCCUGGGCAGAGUCUCCGACGAGUCAGUCCUGGGCAGAGUCUCCGACGAGUCAGUCCUGGGCAGAGUCUCCGACGAGUCAGUCCUGGGCAGAGUCUCCGACGAGUCAGUCCGGGGCAGAGUCUCCGACGAGUCAGUCCGGGGCAGAGUCUCCGACGAGUCAGUCCUGGGCAGAGUCUCCGACGAUGUUAUGACAUCGUGGACGAGUAAAAGUGGAUGCCAGCUUCCCAGACUCCAAAACGGCAAUGUCAUUAACGAAUGUCCGAAGAACGCCAUAGAAGAGAGAAAACUCCGACUGCGCCUGUCGCAAUUGGAGAUACAGCGAACCAAGAGUUUUUCGAAAAUCAGCGGGGAACAGCAUUUUAUGAAAUUGUUGUCCCGGAAACUGAAGCAACCUCCAGUACGGGACAAUAGUGACGUCAAACUAGACUACAGCACCGUUGUUCCUGGCUUUGUGUUCUCAUCGAACGGAGACUACAAAUGCAAGUCUUCGAAACAACUCAAGAAUUCGUCUCCGGUUUUAAGACUAGCAUCAUCGGUAAGAAUUGAACGCAGAUUAUCCAAUGUCAGUGUAGAAACGCAUAGAGCUCAGUCUGCUCCCGCUGUUUUAAAAUUAAAAGAAAUUACACCACAUCACCUGCUCGCCAUGGAAACGCUGGAUAACAGUAAAUGUGAUGUGGAUACGGAUAAUCAAGUUGAUGUAGAUCUAAUGGAACAUAUGCGUACUUUAUAUUUGCAUACGAAAAAAUGUUCACAAAAAACGGAAGGUGUCAAGCCUACACAGCAUUCGAAAACUACUCGACGAUUAUGCCCCGGACGAACGAAAAUUACGCAGUAUGUACCAGACACUAAUGACGCAAUUAAAGAUAUUGAUCACGUACUUAAGUCGCGGUCGAGUAAAGCAAACUGUGUCGCCUGCGAAGCUAGAUUGGUGGAAAAAGCGAAAGAGUUGCAAAAAUACCGAGAAGAUAGUGCGUGGACCACAGAAAUCAACCACAACAAGCACGGGAGAGGGCGUACUAAGUCGGACCCUCAGUUGACAGUGGAUUUGAAGGUCAAAACUCCGAGGAGAAGUCUUGGUGGGCACCCGACAGUGAAGCUGAGCGCCGAUCACGGCAGUGGUGGAUGGAGAAAGACCAUGCAUAGAACUGCUGUUGCUGCACAUGCCAUGCGCAAGGAGUUUGAAUCGAAGCGUCAGAGAUUAAAAAUUGAAGAGUUCUUCAGCCAGCUCGAAGGAAAACCUGUGAGAAAAACUAAAACUACUGAUUCGUUUAAUCAGCCAGCUGAAGUCGCCAUCACCAACGCUUCUCGUCGCAGUCCUGAAGACACGUGUGAAUGCAGAUAUUUACGAAUGCCAGUAAAACGUGUCGAUGUGAUUUGAGUUCGUAAAAUUAAUUUUACUUGUCGCAGAGAACGAUAAUGUAUAC